CUCGCGUUUUUUUCUAUUUUCUCUUCAUUAUCAGCCCUCAAGCGGGUCACACAUCUCUUCCAUCUCUCUCAUCUCAUCAUGUCUGAAUCAGUCCUUGCCCCCGUCAAGAUCCUCGCUAAUCAUAUGAGCCAUCUCUCUCUUGAACAGUACAGAGCCCGUAAGGUUGCUUUGAUCACUGGUGUCACUGGCCAAGACGGUUCCUACUUGACCGAAUUCUUGCUUGACAAGGGUUACGAAGUUCACGGUAUCAUUCGCCGUUCAUCUUCCUUCAACACUGGCCGUAUUGAGCAUAUCUACAAGGACAGACACGAUCAAGGCGUCAAGUUCUUCUUGCACCACGGUGAUCUUACUGAUUCCACAUGCCUGGUCCACAUCGUUAGCCAGGUUCAACCUACUGAAAUCUAUAACUUGGGUGCUCAGUCCCACGUCAAGGUCUCUUUCGAUAUGUCUGAGUACACUGGUGACGUUGAUGCUUUGGGUACUCUUCGUCUUUUGGAUGCUAUCCGCACUUGCGGUCUCCAAGACCGUGUCCGUUUCUACCAAGCCUCUACCUCCGAACUCUACGGUAAGGUUGUCGAGACUCCCCAGAAGGAAACCACUCCUUUCUACCCUCGUUCCCCCUAUGGUGUUGCCAAGCUCUACGGUUUCUGGAUCGUUGUCAACUACCGUGAAUCAUAUGACAUGUAUGCCUGCAACGGUAUCUUGUUCAACCACGAAUCUCCUCGCCGAGGACGUACUUUCGUCACUCGCAAGAUUACCAGAGCUGUUGCUGAUAUCCAUCUUGGUCGCCAGGAAUGCUUGUACCUCGGUAACAUCGAUGCUAAGCGUGAUUGGGGUCAUGCCCGCGAUUACAUUGAGGGUAUGUGGAUGAUGCUUCAACAAGACCAACCUGAGGACUUUGUUCUCGCCACCGGUGAGACCCACACUGUCCGUUCCUUCGUCGAGAAGGCUUUCGGUGUCACUGGACGCAAGAUCGUCUGGGAAGGUGAAGGUGUCAAUGAAGUCGGUAAGGAUGCUGAGAGUGGAAAGGUUCGCGUCCGUAUCGAUCCCAAGUACUUCCGUCCCGCUGAAGUCGAGCUCUUGCUCGGUGAUCCCGCUAAGGCUAAGGAGAAGAUGGGUUGGGAACGCAAGGUCAACUUUGACGAAUUGGUCACCGAGAUGGUCGUCGCUGAUAUCGAAGGCUCUCUCAAGAACGAUACCUACAACUAGACCUAACCAUUUGCACUCCCCCCCAUUCUCCCAUAUAAAUUUUUCGUGUUAUCUCCCUCUGUUACCUUUUUUUCUCUUCUCUCUUCAUCUUGUUUUCAUAGAAAAAAAACAUCCCAAAACCCGCAAAUAAACGAGGAUAUAUAAUCAAUGUUUUCGCUUGGAUCCAAACCAAC